AUGCUUCAGCGGACACGUUGUGCCCUUCAGCCAUUACGUGCGUACUCCGCAUCUCCAGUGGAUGCAAAGAGAAAGCUCAAAGAGGGCCCAUCAUUUGCAGAUUUCGUUAGUUCAAGCAGCAUAGAAGAAGCCGUCUCAAAGUAUGAAGGUAAAUUAAAACUUGAUAAAGGCGACCGUCGAUUAAGGUUACCACCAUGGCUGAAAAAAGAACAGGUGCUACCAAGCGAAAAUGAGAAUGUUUCACGGAUGAAGAAACAAUUGAAAGGUUUAAAAUUGGCAACAGUUUGUCAGGAGGCGAGAUGUCCAAACUUGGGAGAAUGUUGGGGAGGAUCAAAAGACUCACUAUCCACCGCCACAAUUCUUUUGAUGGGUGAUACCUGCACGCGAGGAUGUAGGUUUUGCUCCGUGAAAACAGCUAGAAAACCACCACCACUCGAUCCUAUGGAGCCGGAAAAUACUGCAAAGGCAGUGAAAUCUUGGCACGUUGACUAUAUCGUUCUCACCUCUGUUGAUAGAGAUGACAUCGAAGAUGGUGGUGCUAGCCACCUUCAAAAGACAGUUCAGCUCAUGAAGAAGGAGCGGCCUGAACUUCUAAUCGAGUGUUUACUGCCGGAUUUUGCUGGUCGAAUGGAAAGUAUUGAUAUGAUGGCAACUAGUGGGCUUGAUGUCUAUGCUCACAAUAUGGAGACUGUGGAGCGGCUUACACCAUGGGUACGGGAUCCAAGAGCGAAGUAUUGGCAAUCACUUAAAGGUUUGCAGCGAGCGAAAACCACAAACCCCAAGAUUAUAACGAAGACCUCGUUGAUGCUUGGUCUUGGAGAAAAAGAUGAAGAGGUACUAAAAUGUCUGAAAGAUUUGAGAGAACACAAUGUGGACGUUGUAACAUUCGGCCAAUAUAUGCAACCUACUAAACGACAUCUGCUUGUCAAGGAAUGGGUCACCCCACAGAAAUUCGACGAAUGGGCAAGAAUAGCUCGUGAAAUGGGAUUCCUGUAUGUUGCAUCCGGCCCACUAGUACGAUCGUCGUACAAAGCUGGCGAAUUUUACUUGAAAAGUGUGUUACGGAAGAGGGAAGAACAAGAAAAAGCUUCACAUGCAAACAAUUGA